GGUGUUUUGACAUAUUUUUUAUAAUUCAGAAAACAUGAAUUCAGAAAACAUGUGACCAUCCGUCUGUAGUUCCCCAGUAGGCUAGGCUACUGCCAGACCAGAGAUCUCUUGUAAAAAAAAAAAAAAAAAAGAGAACUCAAUGGCACUCACCUGGAUCGGUAAAGUAUGAAUAGAUCAAGACAAAAACGUCUUAUUUUAACUGGUGUGAAUAAUGCUACAAGACUGAUUUUUGUACACCUUUCUGUCUCUCUGUCUCUCUCUCUCUUUGUCUCCCUCUCUCUCUCUCUCUCUCUCUCUCUCUCACACCCACACACACACACACAGCAUCUUCUUGGCACCUCUGUCUUUUCUCUCAUGCUGCUACCUCUGGUGUUGUCUUGUGACAGCAACCGGACUAUGAGAGAGAUCGCUGAGGACUACGAGUCUGUCAUCUCCCUGCUCCUUCAGAACCUUGAGAACAACAUCACGGAAUUAAAAGUGUCUAAUAAAAGCUGCGGAGAGGAAAUGCCUGAAUGUGAGAAGGAUAACGAGAGCCAGUUUAUUUACAACAUGAUGUGUAGACAAACCAGACUCAUUAGGCUCUUUAAGCUAGAGAGGCUCAAGAGAGAAAUCCUGUGCUCACUGGGCCGCUACUGUCCAAGAAAACAGAGGAGUUCACAAGAACAGCACACAACCCAUCAGCAUCAGAGGAGAAAGAAGAAGAAGCCAGGAGGAGAAACGGUGGAGGAGAAAGAGAGGACGGAGGAGAACAGAGGGACCACGGAGGGAGGGGAGAGGUUGGACGGUGGGAAACAGCAGGGACGAGAGAGAAAGGAGAGAUGCAGGAGCACAAAGGCCAUGAAAAGGAGACGGAGACAGUAUGAACUGAAGGUGUUUGUGGACAGCCUGAAGGAGUGCUACAUGUCCCUGGCUGAAAGACACGGAGACCUGAAAUGAGACGAAAGAUGCGGCCGAGCUAACCGCACCAAGCAUUUAUUUACCACUUUCUUGCAGGUAUACCCCGUUAUACAUAUCAGUGGGUAACUGGCAAAAUCAGAGGGGUGGAGAGUGUUUUUAAACCAUGGGGGCUGUUUGCAUUUCAAAUUAGGGAGCGGUUAAACAAUUAAGUGUUAAUUCAUUUACCUGCAAAAAAGCAAAGAGAAACAUUCACACAGAUUCAUUCCUGUAUUUUGUUUACAGGGUCUGUGAAAAUGCAGGUACCAUGACUAGGUCUUUAGGUGGUUUUUAUUUUCCAUGCUCUCUACACCUUUCAUAAGCUAGGUUUCCAUUCAACUGGCGACGGACGUGAAUAUUCUAAAAUGCACGUUAAAAAAAUAUGCACAUUUUCCCACCAAACAUGUUUCCAUUAAAUUGACUUGUUGCUGAUAAAAGUCUGUGCGUUAGGAUGGAGUGCACAUACAAUUUACUUUUGUAGUUAAAUUACCAUGUACAGAAUAAAACAUACAAGUUUAAAAAAAAUCCAUUGCAUUUUCAACUCUACUGCUGGUUUUGUCACUAAACGUGUUGAG